GCGGUGGACGGCCGGUGCCGGGGCGGAGGGGCGAAGAUGGCGGCGCUGCGGGGCGGCCUCUCCGUCCUGCUCCCGGUGCUGCCGCUGUUCCUGCCGCUGUUCCUGCCGCUGUUCCUGGCGCUCCCGACGGGAGCCGUCGCCGCGGGGCCGCUCCCCGCCGCCUCGUCCUCCGAGGCCUUCGACUCCGUGCUGGGCAACACGGCGUCGUGUCACCGCGCCUGCCAGCUGACCUACCCCCUGCACACCUACCCCAAGGAAGAGGAGCUGUACGCCUGCCAGAGGGGCUGCAGACUGUUCUCCAUUUGCCAGUUCGUGGACGAUGGCGCCGAUUUGAAUCGGACCAAACAGGAAUGUGACUCUGGUAAGACCUCGGAACUCCUUCAACAUCCUGGCAAAAUUGUCAUAUUCCAGUCAAAGCCAGAAGUACAGUAUGUUCCACAGCUUGAUCAGGAAACUGGAGAUACAAGAGGAUCCUUGUCACUGAGUAAAACAGCCUCAGACAGACGUCCAGGGGGCUCACAGACAUUCCGAGGGCUCUUUGAAGAGCGAGCAAACGACAGCUUUUUCAAGUGUCUUUCCAUAAAUUCCAGUUGGAUUUUAACCACUACACUUGUCCUGUCAGUGUUGGUGCUGCUCUGGAUUUGUUGUGCGACCGUAGCUACAGCUGUGGAGCAGUAUGUCCCAUCUGAGAAACUGAGCAUCUAUGGAGAUUUGGAAUACAUGAAUGAGCAAAAACUGAGCAGAUACCCACCCUCUGCACUUGUUGUGGUUAGAUGCAAGACUGAGGAGCAUGAAGAAGCAGGACCUCUUCCUACAAAAGUCAAUCUGGAUCAAUCUGCAAUUUAAAUAAGUCUCCAUUGGAUCCGAUAGACUAAUUUUAACAGAGAUAGCAACUCCUGAUUGAUUGUGGUGGUUCUUCAGAUGAGAAGCUUAGCAGCCAGUCUUUAAAUGCAAAUAAAGUUGCAGAAUCAACAAAGGUCAUGGGAUUUUGUUUUCGACUAGUAGUAAAGAUUCAGACAUGAAUUUGUGUUUGUUUCCAGGCAUAAUCACUUUUUGCUGGUGUUUGCUAUGUGUCUUUUUGCUUACAAAAGCUGUAAGCAUGCUUUCCAUACUUCUGCCAGGACACUUUCAAACUUACUUGUGUGUUCUAGGAUGUAAUGUGUACAUUCAGAGUUAGCUUUGUAAAGGUAUAAGAAAUUUUAAGUAGGCAGGAGAUGCCUUUUUAGUGUUGCACUUUCUGUUGUAGUUAAGAGAAAAUAUUAUAAAAUUAUCUGCUGAAUUUUUUGUACUUGUUAAUGUCCAUGCACAAACAACCCUGUCUCCAAAAAACAGAAAUAUAUUUUUUCUACAGUGUGGCAAUAUUUGAGGUGGAAAGCAUUUGUGAGGUACUGUAGGCUAGAACUCAGCUUGUGAAAAAUGGAAACUUCAUUAAAACUUAUGGACAUAUCCCUUCACAUGCAGAGCAUAACAUGGUCAAUUAUUUUGUCAAACUUUAGCCUUUAAGUCUUAAAUUGCUUGUAAAGUUAGCGCCUGUGUUUUCUGAAAAAUUCUACUUUCUGUUCUUGAUUAACUGUUCUGGUCUUGUAACUUCAUUUACAGAAACAAGUUGAUUCCUGAGAAAUGAGAGCAGACAAAUAAAAUUGACUGUAUAGAAAAUGUUGACUAUA